AAUGGGUUCAGGAUUGGGGCUUUGUCAAGUGGCUUCUUCUCAUCAUCUCCAGUUCUCCACCGUCUCUGACCCUUCCUUGCCCGAAGCCGGAAUCACCUUCAUUCAGAAAACAUGGGUUCAAAUUGGAGUGUAAGCAGCGACUCACUUCCGGAUUCAACUCCAAUGUUCUUCUUGAGUGAUGACUGCAGCAGCGGCUCCCUCCUAUCAUGGCCGAAUAAACGCUGUUGUAAUUAAAAAUGUGUCCUUUUAUGUAUUUUUCUAUUUUUUUAGACAUUCAUUCUGCUCUUUUUAUCAAACGGAUUUAUUUUAUUCAGCCAACAUUUCAGAUUCAGCAACUUCAAAUUCAACUCUAGACAAACAAGUCCUCAUCUUCAUCUCAUAUGCCAAAGCAGCCAAACAUACCCGUAAUGAAAUGCGAUAACUGUCCCAAAAAAGUCUAAUUUCAUAAGUCACACCUCUUUGAAUUUGUUUAUUUAUUUAUAAUAAUUUAAAAUUAUUAAUGGUAACUAUAUUUUAUAGAAUAUAUGUUUAGGUGAUUAAGUUUAGCGUAUCUGUCUUCUAUUUGACUAUUUUUGCGGCAAAUAACUAUAAAAAGAUACUACCUCCGUCCCGAAAAGUUCGUCAUAUUGACUUUUCUUGGACUAUGAUGUCAAACUUUGGACAAUGAUUUUAAUUAUUAAUUUGUAUAUAAUUUAUAAAAUUUAUACUUUUAUGAAAAUAUUUUGAAUAAGGAACAUUUCGAUAUAACUUUCAUAUUCAAAAUAGUUUCGUGUUAAAAAACAUCAUUGGUCAAAGUUGAUUGUCAUUGACCAAGGAAAGUCAAUUUGGCGAACCUUUUCGGGACGGAGGGAGUAGCAUUAAAGUAAUUUUUUUUGAAUAAAAGAAAGCUUGAAACAAGUCAAACAACUACUAUUUUUUGGUUAACAAUUUUAUGGGACUAUAAAGUUGCCACAAAGAUUUGCAGCAAAGAUUUAGCAGUUAGUGUUUAACUAUAAAAACUAUUGAGUGAUAUGCUUUCUGUGAUGUCCCAGGAAGACACGUGGUAUGGGAGCGGCACGCAAGUUAAAGACCCAUCGUCGGAAGCAAAGAGGUAUUGAGGCAAAACAGCCAAAUUCUGCCAUUCGAAAGUGCGCUAGAGUUCAACUCAUUAAAAAUGGGAAGAAGAUUGCUGCUUUUGUUCCUAAUGAUGGUUGCUUGAACUACAUCGAGGAAAAUGAUGAGGUGUUGAUAGCUGGAUUUGGUAGGAAGGGCCACGCUGUGGGGGAUAUUCCGGGUGUCAGAUUCAAGGUUGUGAAGGUGUCCGGUGUCUCCUUACUGGCUUUAUUCAAGGAGAAGAAAGAAAAACCAAGAUCUUAAGUUUUCAAAUCCUCUUUCAUGUGUCUUAUAUUUAUGUUAUGUUGGGCUAACAACAGAUUUGAGCUUUAUAAUUUUAAGUCUUUUCUUGGAUGAUGGUUUGAUCUUUGCCAUCUGUUAACUUUGAUGGAAUUUAGUUUAUUGAUGAAUUUAGGUCGAACCAAGCCUCACAUUUAUAUUAUGUAUGUAUUAUUAAAAAAUAAUUAAUCCAUGAACCGUUAAUUUAAA